UCUCUCUCUCUCCCUCUCUCUUCUUCUCCUUCAAAAUGGCUGCAGCAGAAAAGCGACUGUAAUCUCAACAGCUCAAGAAACGACGGCGUAAACGAGUGUGUGCGCGCACGCGCGCGUGGGCGGGGCCGGUGGCGGGUUCAGGUUCUGUUGGAUUCUCGUGUUGCUCGUGGAUUAUGUGGAUUCUGCUGCUCACAAAGUUUCCAUGAACUGCAGAGUUAUCCACAUCCUGAACCCUCGCUCCAAGGCUCCGCCUCCCAUCAUGCCGGUCGACAUGGCGAUGAGGGUGUGUCUGGCCGGCUCACCUCCGCUGCGCUCCUUCCUCGAGGACUACGACGACUUCUGCUCGCCGUCGGCCGCCGCAUUGCGGCGACCUUGUAUCAGCAGCGAGGUUUCCACGGCGACUGAGAUGGAGGCGGAGACGAGCGGCUCAGAGAAGAAGAAGAAAAGCGUGGAGUUUGCAGACUCUCGGGGUUUGGCACUCGCCGUCGUCCACGUGUUUGACGAGGCAGAGGACGACCUGACGGCCGAGCUGCAGUUCCAGCUGGCGGAGAUAGAGGGCGCCACCGCUGCACUAAACCUGGAGGACGUCAAAGACUGUGCUUCAGACCUGGUCCUGGACUUCACUCCUCCUGCCGUCGACUACCUGGAGCUGAGGCGGCGUCUGAGGGCGCAGCAGGUCUGUCUGGAGUCCUGCUCGGUCCACGACUGCCGGCUCUCGGGAACCGUGCAGGUGCGAAACAUCUGCUUCCAGAAGUCUGUGUUGGUCCGUGUCACCUUCGACGCGUGGGAGUCGUUUCAGGACGUUUGCUGUCAGUUUCUGAACAACGUCUACGGCUCCACCGACACCGACACCUUCUCCUUCUCAGUGGAGCUGCCCGAGACCUGCAGCAGGGUGGAGUUCUGCUUCCAGUACCAGACCAAGGACCAGACCCUGUGGGACAACAAUCUCGGGAACAACUACCGCCUGGUGCUGGACAAAACAAAGACGAGGGAGGAAAUCGACAUCGAUCCCUACGGAAGCCCCAGAACGUCCUCGGGGAUCUUCCCUGAGUGGCAGAGCUGGGGACGCGUCCAUGCCAACGGCCCCUACUGGUGAGACCACAGCAGGGUGUUAGCGAGUUUUAUCUGGAGAUUUCCACACGUGCACUUGGAUGUGAUCCACGUGAAUCUUACGCCAGUCCUACAGGUGAUCCACAAGGAGCUAAUGCUAACCUUGGGGAAUAUGCACAAGAAGCUAAUGCUAACCUAUAACCCUGGAGGUGUUCCACUUGAAGCUAACGCUAAACCUAAAGGUGAUUCACAAGGAGCUAAUGCUAACCCAUGAGAUGUUCUAAUAAUCUGUAACCCUAAAGGUGUUCAACUUGAAGCUAAUGCUAGCCCUAAAGGUGUUCCACUUGAAGCUAACACUAAACCCUGGAUGGGUUCCAGCUGUGUUUGAUGUUAACAGCUAACUCUGGUGGUGACCCGGUUGUUGGACUUUGCUGUUUCACUGAGUCACUUGACACCGGUUUGUCCCCAGAGUCCAGCUGAACGAGGACCAUGAUUGGCUCAGGUGGUUCCAGGUGCACUCACCUGAGCCACACCUGGUCUGAAAGCCAACCCUUGGUCCAAGUAUUUAAAAGCACCUUAAAACCCACAACCUGUAUGUGAGGCCUGAUCCACCUGAUCCACCUGAACACCUGGACCCUGAACCCUGGAUUUGAGGGUAACCAGCAUCUGGUUGGUGCCACAUUUAAAAAUAUGCAAAUGAGCGAGGUGUGGAUGAUGGUCCAGGACGAUCACAAGUGUUUCCUUAAAAACCUCCCAAAGAAUCUCAAUGCCAAGGCCUGACCCUGACCUGCAUGACUCCACCAGCUUUAGAGAGAGGAAGGUCGCCAUGGCGACACCGCUGUCCUCUGUCCUUGAUUGUGGACUUUUAGAAGACGAGUCCAGAAACUGUAAACGCUUCUUUGCACCGAAUGUUCUCAGAGAAAAAGGAGAAUGAGAAUAAGCUGAGAACAAGCCAAUUUCUUCAGAAACCUGGUCCGGUUCUGAAGAAACACCCAGAUGUCAGGAUGGUUGACCUGUUACCAUAGUUACCGGAAAGUUAACUAUGGUUACCAUAGUUGCUGAAAACUAGCACCUUCUGCCACAGUCCUGAAUCCGCUGUGGGACCUGGAUCUUCGCCAUGGCGACGCGUCCGUCCCCGUCCUGCACACAUGUUACGUUCAGGUUCCGUUUAAAUAAAUACUAUGUAAAUACUUCACAGUUCUUCGCAGUGUUUAGGCUCCUCCUCCUUUUGUCAUGGUAACUGCUGUAGAGAACAUGCUAAGACAAUGUAGCCCACAUGUCACAUGAUCACUGUUAUUUUUGUAUCGUGUUGUGAACACGACUCGUCUCUGAGGCACAAGUUAAUCGGCACUUUUUGUUUUCGCUAAUGUAACUAUACCACUGUGUUUGUGUGUGUGUGUGAGUGAGUGAGUGAGUGAGUGAUAAGGGACAUGUUACAUGUUUAAAGGGAACAUGAGAGUUAAUCUGACUGAAAGUCAUGUGAGCGUCUGCGUGCUGCAUUCACAUCAUGGAACUUUAACUGUCAGUCACAAUGGGAGGGAGAGUGGGUGGAGUCAGAAGUGGGUGGGUGGAGUCAGAAGUUUGGAGUUACGUGGCCUGAACACUACACAUUAGCCACGUUUAGCUUGCACAAACCAACAGAUGAAAUGAUUUGACAUUUUUAGUCUGCAUCGGAGAAUGUCUCAUAAAGUGAUGACGCCAUGGUGACGUCACCACCAUGGCGUCAUGGUGAUGUCACGAUGACAUCGUGGUGAUGUCAUGCUGUAAUGUAAGCAGAGAGUGUCUGUUGUUUUGUUUU